AUGGCGGCGGGAGUAGCGGCAUGGCUUCCCUUUGCCCGGGCGGCAGCUAUCGGCUGGAUGCCUGUGGCCAAUUUGCCCAUGCCAGUGGCGCCUGCUGAGAAGAGCAAGCGGCGGGAGGAGCUUAUCAUUCUUAAUGUUAGUGGACGGCGCUUCCAGACAUGGAGGAACACGUUGGACCGCUAUCCAGACACCCUGCUGGGCAGCUCAGAGAAGGAGUUCUUCUACAACGAGGAGACCAAAGAGUACUUCUUUGACCGGGACCCUGACUUGUUCCGCAGUGUGCUCAACUUCUACCGCACUGGCAAGCUCCACUACCCACGCUACGAGUGCAUCGCUUCUUAUGAUGAGGAGCUGGCGUUCUUUGGCAUUCAGCCAGAGAUCAUUGGUGACUGCUGCUAUGAAGAGUACAAGGACAGGAAGAGGGAGAACCAGGAACGUCUGCAGGAUGACCAGGAGGACAACAAGGACAACAAGCUGCCCAACAUGACCUGCAGGGAGACCAUGUGGCGGGCUUUUGAGAACCCCCACACUUCCACCAUGGCCCUAGUCUUCUACUAUGUCACUGGCUUCUUCAUCGCUGUUUCUGUCAUCACAAAUGUUGUGGAGACAGUCCCCUGCGGCUUGGUACCCAACCAGAAGGAAGUUCCAUGUGGCGUACGCUACACUGUGGCCUUUUUCUGCAUGGACACGGCCUGCGUUAUGAUUUUCACCGUGGAGUACCUGAUGCGCUUGUUUGCUGCGCCCAGCCGCUACCGAUUCAUGAGGUCGGUCAUGAGCAUCAUUGAUGUAGUGGCAAUCUUGCCCUAUUACAUUGGCCUGGUGAUGACUGACAAUGAGGAUGUGAGUGGCGCUUUUGUGACCCUCCGAGUUUUCCGCGUGUUCCGUAUCUUUAAGUUCUCCCGUCACUCCCAGGGCCUGCGCAUCCUGGGCUACACGCUGAAGAGCUGUGCCUCCGAGCUGGGCUUCCUGCUCUUCUCCCUCACUAUGGCCAUAAUUAUCUUUGCUACAGUUAUGUUCUACGCAGAGAAGGGUUCAACCUCCAGCAAAUUCACCAGCAUCCCAGCCUCCUUCUGGUACACCAUUGUUACUAUGACAACGCUUGGGUACGGAGACAUGGUUCCUAAGACGAUUGCGGGGAAGAUCUUUGGCUCGAUCUGCUCUCUGAGCGGGGUGCUGGUAAUCGCCCUGCCUGUCCCCGUUAUCGUGUCCAACUUUAGUCGCAUCUACCACCAGAACCAGAGACAAGACAAGCGGCGGGCGCAGAAAAUGCAGAAAGCCCGCUUGGCCAGGAUACGAAUAUCUAGGGAGGGAACGUCCAACGCCUUCCUCCACAGCAAGCGCAACGGCCUGUUCAACGAAGUCCUGGAGCUCACGAACUCUGAGGAGGAGCAGCGGUUAAGUAAGACGACUUCUCUAUUAGAGAGCCAGCACCACCACCUUCUGCACUGUCUGGAGAAAACCACCUCUCUCUCUCUCUGUGUGUGUUUGGCCCUUUUCCGGUACCGCUCUCUUCAUCUCCAGAACCACGAGUUUGUGGAUGAGCAGUAUUACCAGCAGAGCUACCUGGAGGCGGGGAUGCAAAACUACCCAUCUCGAAGCCCCUCCCUCUCCAGCCGAGAAGGCGUGACGGGCACCUGCUGCACCCGCCGGAGCAAGAAGCACCACACCCCUUUACAGAACGCCAGCGGCCCGGCGCACAUGCAGCCUUUGACGCACACACACCAUCAAGGUUUGCAGGAGCUCAGCACCAUCCACAUCAGCACCAGUCGCUCCAGUCUGAACAUGCGCGUGGACGAACCAGCAUCCCUGAACUGCCAGAGCAGCCAGAUCACCACAGCCAUCAUCAGCAUUCCCACACCGCCCGUGACGACCCCUGAUGGCGACGCCCACCUGCCGGCGGGCCCCACCUACCAGAACGUUGUGAAGGUGUCCGCACUGUGA